AUGAAAGUAGUCUUUGGUAUAGAUUUAGGAACAACAAACAGUGCCAUUUCUUAUUUUGAUGUUCAAAAACAGAAGAUAGAAGAGAUCACAAUUGACACAGACCAUUUUAUGCCAAGUGUAGUACAUUACCCUACAGACUCCUCUCAACCAAUUCAAUGUGGUAUAGCCGCCACAAGCGUCACUAAAAACAUUCAAAACACAAUUCAAGAAUCAAAGCGUUAUAUUGGUCGUAAAGUAUCACAAGAAGAACUCCUUUUAGACGUCUCUGCUACUACCAAUAUUAUUCUAUCAGACGAAGGGGAAGUGCUUUACCAAAUCACACAAGACAAAACAACAAAACAAAUUUCUCCAGUAGAAGUUGCUUCGGAGAUUCUUAAAUACCUCAAAACCGCUGCACUCAAACGCUUAGGAUUUGGAUGUGAUCCA